AUGUCACAAUCAACCCGUCUCCCCUCAGCACUCUCAUCCCAACGCACAACAGCUGCCCAAAACACAGUGCCCAUAGACCCCGCCCUCAUCGACGACGUCGAAAAACACGCGCAGGAAAUCUCAGACGAUCUCGCUGUUUUCAUGGGGAAAUUGCGGAGUAGGCUCGACGAGAUGACGGCUGCAACAAGCCAAUCAGUCUCACUAACAACCGACAGCGCGCGCAACCUCUCGACAGCGGUGCACGAAUCCGUCGCCGAGACGAGCGAGCUGAUCAAUACGGUUGGGUCGAUGAAGAAUGAGAUGGUCAAGGUUAAGGCUCUGGCUGGGCAGAUUAAGAGCUUGAAAGAUAAUUUGGACUGGUUGGAGGCUGUGGUGGGGAAGGGGUGAUGAUGAGGUGGAUUUGUUUGAGGAUUGGAGAGGGAGAAGGUGGAAAGCGAACGCGGACAAGCGGAUCAACAAUCCUUAGAGCGGGCCGAUCGAACAACGUGCAUCGGAAAGUUCGGAUCCGGCUUUGGACGUCGGACACAACCCUUAACGUACGCACGGUGUCCUAAGUUCAAUCGCACGGGCCCACC